AGGAGGAACGUAAAGGGGACACGUAGCAGAGGACCACAAAGAGGCGCGGAUGCAUGAGAGCUCGGGAGUGGAGGGCUGGAUGGCCCACUCCUCACAAAUCCCGUCUGCGAAUUUGGAUUCGACCGGAUUCUCGAUGGGGUUUCGACGAUCAUUCGUUCGUCUGUUCCGAUGGAUAAUGGUCUGAUGAUUGUGUCGGAAUCUGUAGGAUUUUGAAAUUCCCGAUUUGGUGGAGGAAUGCGCUGCUCUCUUCGAGUUUCAUCUCGUCUCUGCAAGCUUUCUCCGUGCGCAGAACCUCCGGCACUCGUCGAAUUCGCUUGUCCAAUUCCGCGCUUCGACGCUCUAAUUGUCUCUUCGGAGGCCCCAGGACGCGCUGCCUUCACCCUCGAGCUCCUUCAUCCGAGAUCAGUACCUGUUGGCGAUUUCCUCUUUGGUCUUAUAGUAGGUAGCUCUUUGCGCGUUAGUCGGAGGUCGUGCAACAACUUAGGUCAAGGGACGUCAGAGAAGAGCUGCGGGAGCCGAGAAUGAAUGUAUGUCUUCUGAAUGGUGCAGCGAAAUUGCCGGACAUCGACCGCGCAGACACGGAAAUCGACCUGUUGAAAAAGUGUGAGUCUGUCUGUGGUGACGGGAAACAUGCACAACUUCGCCACGGCUUGGCAGUCGGAGAGUUAAUGGAGAAAUAAGCUAGUCAUUGGGAAUGUGGGGCUUGCGGGAGGAAAGCAGAAGUGCAGGGAGUAAAACAGCCGAAAGCAGAAAGCAGAAAGAAUAAUGUCGUAGAAUUGCUGGGAAACCUUUAUGCCUGGAGCAGGGAGCUGAAAUGAGCGAGAAGCUAUGGGGCCUGGAUCGUCGGCGGUAAUGCCGCCUUUCUCCUCCUCGCAAGGGCUGGUUGUCGGUGAUUCCAACCUGGUUUGGACUCGAUUCCCAGCCAGCGGAAGCGAUUUCCGAAAAAAUCCACGGCCAGUGCACUUGAAGGAUUCCUCGGAGAGAUUGUAUGGAAUUUGCUUUUCUGUCAGACGGGGACUACCUCCUACAAAUUUCUUCGGGCAUUUAGAAAUAAGCAGGUCCAGCAUUAGUCCCCCACAUCGGGAAAAGCCUGUUCCUACAAGAGCCGCAAGUGGCGCUCACAGUGGUCUGGCUGCUGGAAGUUAUGGAGUAAGGCAUCCAGCGUACACUUACACUCAGUCACUCCAACAAAAGUCGGUGGAGCCUUCUUCCACCAAAAGCAGUAGAGUUCAAAACGGUCCGAAGAGGGAACCAGAAGGUAGUGCCCCUAAAAGAGCACUCGCCGGUGGGGCAGUAAUUAAGGUAAUUGGUGUAGGAGGGGGAGGAUGCAACGCCGUGAACGAGAUGGUCCGGACGAAGCUUCCAAAUGUCGAGUUUUGGGGGGUAAAUACUGAUAUUCAGGCUUUAAGUAGAUGCCUCGCUCCAAAUAAAUUGCAGAUUGGUAAUGGGGUUACCAAAGGACGAGGUGCAGGUGGUAGAACUGAUGUUGGCUACGAAGCUGCGGCUGAGUCCUUGGGUGAGCUUUCGAUGGCUUUGGAGGGCAGUGAUCUAGUCUUCAUUGCAGUUGGAAUGGGAGGUGGCACAGGGUCUGGCGCAGGACCCGUAGUUGCACGACUAGCAAAGGCAAUGGGUGCUCUGACCAUCGGGAUAGUCACAGAACCAUUUGGGUUCGAGGGUUUGCGACGCGCCAAGCAGGCCCGAGAGGGCCUUGUGGCCAUGAAACAGGCAGCCGAUACGGUGGUCGUCGUUCCUAAUGAUCGCCUUCUGGACAGUGUGUCAGCUGACACAUCUGUAUGGGAUGCAUUCCAUUUAGCAGAUGAUGUUCUUCGUCAAGGAGUACAAGGAAUAUCUGACAUUAUCACAGUUCCAGGCUUAGUGAAUGUAGACUUUGCCGAUGUUCGAGCAAUAAUGUCUAAUGCUGGUAGUGCAAUGCUGGGAAUCGGAGUUGGAUAUGGAAAGAAUAGAGCUGUUGAUGUAACAAGGUCAGCUAUUAUGUCUCCUCUUCUGCACUGUGUUACAAAACCCACCGGAAUUGUCUAUAAUGUCACUGGAGGAACGGAUCUCACUUUGCACGAAGUGAAUGUCGCAGCAGAGAUGGUGUACAGCAUGGCAGAUCCCGAUGCGAAUGUGAUCUUCGGAGCAGUUAUUGACGAAAGUUUUCAAGGCAUUUUGAGGAUGACGAUCAUUGCUACAGGUUUCGACAACAAGCCGACGUUGUCCUCCGUUAAGAGUCAGCUGAAAGGUAGAAACAGAACACCAGAUGAAGAGAUUGCAUCAUGGGGCCGCACAAGGCAACAGCAAACUCCGGACGUACCUAGUUUCUUGAGGAAGAGAAUACCGAGGAGGUUUGAUGGGGGAAGGUAGAGCAGUGCGGAUAAGCUGCGUUCGGUUGGUUGACCUUUCGGGUGCGUGGUGAACAGAAUCAAGCAUCAAGGAUUAGGAAAAAUUAGCGGUAUGAGGAACGGCUUCACUGCGGGUCAUUGAGUUUUGUCCCUCUUUGACCAGGUGAGUGAGAAAGUAAUGCACAUUAUGACGUGCAAGUAAAGCAUUUUGGAGAGACGAAGUCUGACUAGCCUCACUAGCAGCUUCUCUCAUGAAAUCACAGUCAGAACUUUGUCGAAUUGAGAAAAAACCCUUAUGUCCUUCCCUGCUAGUUUAGAGUUUCAGAUGAGACGUCCUCCAGGGUUUUGACCUUUAUCUUGUACUUCACCUCCUCCUCUUGCGGAGAGUGUACUCGACCACGAAGGAUUUAGUGGCCGAUUGACACCUCUGCAUCCAUCUCAGAAUCCGCUCCAGCGUUCUGAACCUUACUACUAUUGCCCUGCAGUACAAGAUUACUGACACAUGCCUUCUAGUAUCUUCCUUUUGUCGCAUCAUAAGAGUUGUACCUAUGUUGGCUGUUGUGGAGGAGCCGUGAGUGUAUACUAGAUUCGAAAAGACUUCCGCUAAACACUGAUGACGAGAGAUGAAAGGGUAGCUCCCCGGGUUACCUUCUUGUUUUUUUAUAACUUAUGGCACGUUUGAAGUGCAAGUCCUCCAGACGAUUUUCCUUUUUUCCCUGUUUGUAUCCCCUCGUAAUGUAAUUAUCAUCUCGUAAUUUAGUGCUUCCUUUUGUGAUAUGCAUGUCUGGCUCUAGAAGUAGACCAAGGUGUCUCAUCACUGGAGUUUAAAGACCUAUCCAAUGUACAGACUGUGACUACCACGUCGCGUGGAGGGUUUUCCCGUGUUACCUCCUUAGACUAUCAGUCAAUCUGCGUUGUUAUGUAGAUGAUGAUCUGUUUUUGACAAGGUGACAGUCUUUUGACGAAGUAAAUUGCAAGAACUUAUGAGCUCCUUGUGCUUUCCUUCGUUUUAUAUGUCUAUCUCUUUGACCUUGACUUCUCUCAAGGAAACAUCAAUCUUAAUGUUUUCGUAACGUACGAAUUUGCUCAUUUGCGCUCCC